AUGCUCCACAUCCAAGAGGCUACACCUGGUCCUCCGCAGGUCAGACGCUACACCUGGUCCUCCGCAGCUCAGACGCUACACCUGGUCCUCCGCAGGUCAGACGCUACACCUGGUCCUCCGCAGGUCAGACGCUACACCUGGUCCUCGGCAGCUCAGACGCUACACCUGGUCCGCCGCAGGUCAGACGCUACACCUGGUCCUCGGCAGCUCAGACGCUACACCUGGUCCUCCGCAGGUCAGACGCUAGACCUGGUCCUCCGCAGCUCAGACGCUACACCUGGUCCUCCGCAGGUCAGACGGUUCACCUGGUCCUCCGCAGGUCAGACGCUACAUCUGGUCCUCUGCAGCUCAGGCGCUACACCUGGUCCUCCGCAGCUCAGACGCUACACCUGGUCCUCGGCAGGUCAGACGCUACACCUGGUCCUCGGCAGCUCAGACGCUACACCUGGUCCGCCGCAGGUCAGACGCUACACCUGGUCCUCGGCAGCUCAGACGCUACACCUGGUCCUCCGCAGGUCAGACGCUAGACCUGGUCCUCCGCAGCUCAGACGCUACACCUGGUCCUCCGCAGGUCAGACGGUUCACCUGGUCCUCCGCAGGUCAGACGCUACAUCUGGUCCUCUGCAGCUCAGGCGCUACACCUGGUCCUCCGCAGCUCAGACGCUACACCUGGUCCUCGGCAGGUCAGACGCUACACCUGGUCCUCUGCAGCUCAGGCGCUACACCUGGUCCUCCGCAGCUCAGGCGCUACAUCUGGUCCUCCGCAGCUCAGACGCUACACCUGGUCCUCGGCAGCUCAGACGCUACCUGGUCAAGGCUAAAGUCUUGCGCAGUCGACAUAAGACUGUUCUGACUACAGACCCGAACACAGACCUGAACACAGACCUGAACACAGACCUGAACACAGACCUGAACACAGACCCGAACACAGACCCGAACACAGACCCGAACACAGACCCGAACACAGACCUGAACACAGACCCGAACACAGACCCGAACACAGACCCGAACACAGACCCGAACACAGCCCCGAACACAGACCCGAACACAGACCCGAACACAGACCCGAACACAGACCCGAACACAGACCCGAACACAGACCCGAACACAGACCCGAACACAGACCCGAACACAGACCCGAACACAGACCCGAACACAGACCUGAACACAGACCUGAACACAGACCUGAACACAGACCUGAACACAGACCUGAACACAGACCUGAACACAGACCCGAACACAGACCCGAACACAGACCCGAACACAGACCUGAACACAGACCUGAACACAGACCUGAACACAGACCUGAACACAGACCUGAACACAGACCUGAACACAGACCUGAACACAGACCUGAACACAGACCCGAACACAGACCCGAACACAGACCCGAACACAGACCUGAACGAACAGACCCGAACACAGACCCGAACACAGACCCGAACACAGACCUGA